ACUAUUGUCGAGGCACAACCUUGACCACACCUCCAACUUGACUCCAAAUCCAUUUUUUAAAUCAAUAAAUUAUUUCAGAGUUUCACAAUAAUCCUAAUCCUCGUAAUAAUACACUCGGCAGCCAUGUUAAAAGUCUUUAAAAUACUUAUAAUCAGUAGAAACAAACAAAAGAGCUUUUUGAAUUCUCCAUUAAUCUGCCAUUUUUGACUUCCCCUCGGUUGUGAACGAUAACACGGUGCGCACCCUUCGCCGGAUUUUACACUGAUUCACCAUGCCGGAGCUGGUUCAAGCUACACAAGUCUACACGCCGAGAACUAUACAGCUCUGGAAAUCGCUACUGAAUUGGCUAGCUUUCUUCUUCCAGAUCUUUCUUCAGAUCCUCAAAGGCAAUAGCUCUCUUCUCUCUUCCUCUCCGCAGUUCAAGCCGCUGCCUGACGUUGAGCUGCUGGAGGAGGAGGAGGAGGAGGAGGCGCUGCCGCCGUCAUCCGUCGCUCUCUCGACUCUGCAAAUCACUACCGAAAGUGUUCCGAUUAGUCUCCAAGAGGAACGUUCACAGAGGCUCACGGUGGUUCUUGACUUGGAUGAUACUUUAGUUUGUGCAUAUGAGACAUCAAGUAUGCCGACAAUCAUGCGUACCCAGGCAACAGAGGCUGGGUUGAAGUGGUUUGAGCUCGAGUGCGUAUCUUCGGACAAGGAAUAUGAUGGCAAACCUAAGAUCAACUAUGUCACAGUUUUUGAACGUCCUGGACUACACGAGUUUUUAAAACAACUUAGCGAAUUUGCUAAUCUGGUCUUGUUUACUGCUGGACUUGAAGGAUAUGCAAGACCCCUUGUUGACAAAAUUGAUCCUGAGAAUUGGUUUAGCCAUAGGCUUUAUCGGCCUUCAACUAUUAGCACUUCGUUGCAGGUCUGAACAUAGAGUAGGGAGUUUGUUUCUAGCAGAAGUUCUUAAGUGACACCGAGCACAGCCUUCUUGAAGAAUCAUUUUUUGAAAUUCUGUCAUGCUAACUAAGCUCUGUAUGUUAAUCCUGAAUUGAGAUCUUAGUGUGUCAGUUUAGGUACCUAGUCUUUUUAUUUUAGUGCCUCAGCUCUAUGAAUCUGAUCUUCAAGCAUAUGUUACCGAUUGAAGAUUAUCUUUUCCUUUCCAACCCCCAGUUUCAUAUAUUAUAUCUAUGGAGUAUGUAUAAUAUUUAAGCAAAUCUAAUCCUUAUUUUUUCUGAAGUAUGACGGAUUGACGACUGACGUGUUUCUAAAUGUUUCCUUAAUCCGUGUAACUUGUUUAAGUGUGUGACCAUCUCAUCAGAAAGCUGAAACUGCCAGAGAGAACAUACUUUUAGAUACUUAAUUAUGUAUUCAACACGCUCCCCCACUUAUAGACCUGCUUUUGUUAUGGUCCGAGCACGUAAAUUCUUUUUGAUAAUGAGUGGUGGCGAGACUCGAACCCAAGACUUUGCCUGCUUUGAUACCAUGUAAAAAUAUAGAAGAAACUAAACUUGACUUGGUUAACAAUGUAUAAGAGAUGCUUCUUAUAUGGACCCCAGGACUUUGGUCUUGUGGCAGGAGCGCAACUCGUGAUGUGUGGGUUAGGCGCACGUCAUGUGUUCGAAGUCUGCCACUAACAAAAGCCUGGUAUUUAAGUAGAGAAGGGUUGAGGAGCGGCCCAUCAUCCACAGAGUUUCGAAAUCGAUCCUCGGAGAUUUCUUUGCUAUCAAAAAUAAUAUUAAAUGAAAAAAGGUGCUUCUUAUACGAGAGUCUUAGGCUAUAUAAUAUGCUAAAUGAUCAAUCCCCGUGUUGAUAAGGUAAGUAAAUAUUUUAUAAUUAAAUCCAAAAUAUCCUAACGUAUGCUAUAGAAUAUUCUGUAUGAUUUUCCUUUUUAAAUAUUAUGUGAAUCUAGAAGUAUAUGAAUGUAGACACAUAUUCACUUGAUACUAAAUAUAGCUCAUCUCUUGUGUUGGCUGGUUGCUUUUUUAUUAGCAUCCUUAGGUGCAGUAAGGAUUCAUACAUAGUUGUUAACGGAGUAGAGCUACCAAAUUCUGAGGACCUCUUUGUCAAAACUUUGUUAACCCGUGGUAGUCCAACUUUGGUACUCUCUGUCGUGUUAUACAUGGUGACUAGCUUAUGAAUGUUAGAAGCGGUAAGAUCAUAAAUUGUGUAGGGCCUCACAUUUGAAAGAAAACAUUUGUUAAGUUAGACUUUCAAGUUCAUGUCUCUAUUUAUGAAAAUGUUUUAUUGUCAAUGCCACUAACUUGCUUCUAUGGAUUAUGGUGUUUGUUUGAAGUUUUGACGUUCUUGAGUUUACAACAUCAACUUUAGAGUUUUCAAUGUGUAUGUUUGAGCUAUAUCUUGGAAAAAAUGGAGUACUUUUUUCUGAAGAUUUCCAUACUUCUCAAAUUUGUCAAAAAAUGUAAAUCUCUAAAAGCUAGUUUUUGGGUUUUUUAAAGCUAUAAAAAUUGAGUUUGGAAAUGUUGAAUUUGCUCUGGCAUGUUUGUAUACGGGUGAAACCGGGCCCAUGGGACGCCUCAGUUUCCGAUGAAGUAAACGGAGCAAGAGACGUGACGGUAAGGGACCGGAAUCGAGGCAAGGAGCCCCUCGAGCCGGGGUCCGGGCAAAACGCCUGCCCUCGGAAGUAUCGGGGCCAUGACUCCCAGGUUCGGUUCGAAUCCCAAAGGCCUCGGAGAGCAUUACCAGAUAAUCGAGCACGACCAACAAAAGGCUGUGAUAUCCGUGACCAGCCGAAUGUCACGGCGUGAAUCUCGACACGUAUCGGCAGAAAACCGGUGAUUAGUUAAACAUAAGAUUUUUACCUUUUAUGAAAUUGUACUUGGGAUAAAACACCCCUACUAUAUAAAGGGGGUCUGAUUAUUCAUUAGACACACUUUAACACGCACAUCAAUGCAAUAUACUCUUAUUUUCUCUGUUAUUCAAAGUUGUUACUUUUGUUGAUCAGUUCAUCAUUAACGUGAGCCCGGGAUCGAAGACAAGCGUUUCAUUAAGCUAUUAGAGUCCGAGAUCACUCCAUUUGAUUGGUUUAAUACUUUAUUACGUCCUUUAUAUGUUUAAUCUAACGCUAUUUAUCAUUUGUAUUGAAUUAACCCGCGUAUCCUUAAAACCACUUACAAAUUU